CGUCACGCCGGGUGAUGCAGACCUGGGUUUGGUGCCGAGCCGGGCGGUAACGCGGAGCAGCAGCAGCAGGAGGAGGAGGGAGAAGAGGGCGAAGAGGCGCUGGAGAAGAUACAAAAAAAACAUCAGGAGGAGGAGGAGGGAGAAGAGGCGCUGGAGGAGAUAAAACAUCAGCAGCAUCAGGAGGAGGAGGGAGAUGCCGUCUCGCUCUCUGCCCACGCGUCCCGCCCGGAGAAAUUUCCAUUGCCGGACGCGGGGAGAGUGAGGUGGGAGGGCGACUCUCCUAGGCGACUCUCCUAGGCGACUCUCCUCGUUGCCUCUGCAUCCUCCCAUGCGUCUCCAUCCUCCCUCCUUCUGCGGGGAGCAGGAGGAGGACGAGGCGAGUCCUUCGCUCUCGCUCCUCCAUCGAUCUCGUCCACCCCCCUCCCCCCCCCCCUCGACAACUCCUCCACCCACGUUCCUCUGAUCUCUGACUCCUCCACCCUGCCAUCUCGUCCACCUUCUCGCCUCCUCCGCCUCGCCCUCUAACCUCCGGCCUCCUCCUCGACUCAUCUCGAGAUCUCUCGGCCGAGUCGAGACCAUGGGCACCUCCCUCUCGCUGUCCCCCUCGGGACCCGGCAAGGGGGUCCACGCGAAGCACGGCGGCGGGGUUCCCAAGGGGAUCCCAGCGGCUCCCCAGCUCGGCAAGAAGCCCAAGGAGAAGUCCCUGAAGCGCCACUCCAUCUUCACGCCGGGCCAAGCCUGGAAGACGCUGGUCGCCGCCUCCACGCGCAAGAAGAACGCCAAGAAGGCGAACCCGGCCGCGAACCCGUGCGGCGUGGGCGUCAACAACAACGAGAACGGAGGAGCGCCGCGCCAUAACAACUCCAUGCGGAUUGCCAACCACCACCAACACCACCACCAACAACAGCAGCAGCAGCAGCCGCACAACCAUCUCGUGCGACUGCCCCUGCCGCCACCGCCCUUGUCGGCAUCAUCCCUGCCCGCCUCGGCGACCGCGCUGCCCUCCUCCAAGAAGGGCAGCGGGCCCGGCGGCUUGCCCUCCGUGGGGUCAUUGCCCAUCUCGGGCACGCCGCGUCGUGUCGUCGUGCAGGCGUCCACGGCGGAGCUGCUGCGGUGCCUGGGCGAGUUCCUCUGCCGCCGCUGCUACCGCCUCAAGCAGCUGUCGCCCGCCGAGCCGAGCCUCUGGCUCCGCGCGGUGGAUCGCGCUCUGCUGCUGCAGGGCUGGCAGGAGCAGUGCUUCAUCACGCCCUCGAACGUCGUCUUCCUCUACCUGCUCUGCCGCGACUCGGUGGCCGACUCGCUGGCCACCGAGUCGGAGCUGCGCUCGACGCUGCUCACCUGCCUCUACCUCUCCUACUCGUACAUGGGCAGCGAGAUCUCCUACCCGCUCAAGCCGUUCCUCGGCGAGGGCAGCGGCGGGAGGCGCGACGACUUCUGGGAGCGGUGCCUCGGGGUCAUCGCCAGGUGCAGCGCGCAGAUGCUGCGCCUCAACUCGGACCCGCACUUCUUCACGCAGCUCUUCGCCGAGUUGAAGGCCGAGGGGAGUCGCUCGGAUGGCCUCGCCGCGCCCUGGACGUUGGUCCUGGAUCGGUAGCUCCGCUCUCGCGCUCUCGCACGCUGUCUCUCUCGCUCUCCUCUCUCGCUGUCUCUCUCGCACGCUGUCUCCUCUCUCUCUGUCGCACGCUGUCUCGUCUCUCUCCUCUCUCUCGCUCUCGCACGCUG